UCUUAACGACGGGGCAAUUUUGGGUGUUCGUUACAGUGUCAUGGCACGUCGUCUUGAGAUCUGACAUACCCUGAGUUGGUGGUGGAGAUUUGAGAGCGCCUUAUAUCGCGAAUCAACGUUUACACGCCAUCAAACACGUCAUUUGUCGACUGUGUUCAGGUACACUUACAUAAGACUGAGGGACCGAAUUGUGUAGUCCAUGAAUGAUAAAAAGAAAAGAGCAAAGUGCUAGCACCCCCCUGAGAACAUCAACGUUCAUUCAUCCUUACUGCAUUACUCGCAUUAUUAGCAGAAUUUGUUUGUUUUUUGGGCUCUUUUACUGUGGCCUCUCAGUACUUACCUCCUCGCCCUCUAUUCCACGACGCCUCCCCCAGCGCCCCUCCCCAGCCUCCCGUGUUACAUUACCGUCUGUGUUCCUCAUCAGUCGAGGUGCGUUGACUGUGCCGAGUGUCACAUGCUGUCUCGUGUAACACUACAUCUCGUCUCUGACACGUUCGUCGCUACGAGCUCUUACAUUUAGGUCCCUGAAGUCGCUGGCUUGCCCCCAGUCGCUCUUUCGACGCCCACAGACCGAGACCGUGAGCAGGAGACCUCGCCCAGAGAGCUACGUGCUGUGUGGCGUCCCUCGACCACUCGCAGGGACGUGCUCCUGCGCCGCCACCUGCUCAGUCAGUGCCAUGGGUCCUCCCGCUGCCCACUCCUUCCUCCUCCUCCUCCUCCUCUCCUUCCUCCUCGUGCCCCGUUGCUGCGUGGCCAUGUACGAGGAGCAGACCCCACAGAUGGAGCUCCAGUCAGCUGUGGUGGUUAAUCAGCUGACGUUGUCGCAGCAGACGGAGGCGUUGAAGGAAUUGCUCAACACUACUCGAGAGAGGUGCACCUGCUGUCACCACGAAGCGCUAAACAAGGCCACGGGUGUUCUUACGGAGCUCAGAGAUGUGCUGACUGUACUCGCGAAAAAGUCAGGUCCUUGGUGCCCCUACCCGUACACGCAGGUGGUAGACGAGUGCUUCCACGCCCACAGCAAGAAGCUCACUUGGUCCCAGGCGCGUCACGUGUGCAGAGGGAUGGGCGGCGACCUGGCGGAACCGAAGCACCUCUACGCCCUCCAGACUUACUUGGCUCAGACUUACGGCCCCGGCUACUUCUGGGUGGGCGGCACCGACGAGGGGACCGAGGGGCGCUGGCACUGGGUAUCCGGACGCCCUCUGGACCCCGUGGACUGGCUCUUUUCCCGCCCCGAUAACCUGGGAGGCGACGAGCACUGUCUGGAGAUCGUCAUGUCUGAUUAUCCGAAGCUGUUUAACGACGAGACUUGCUCCAUCGCGCAGAGAUUCAUCUGCCAGUACAGAGGCUGA